GUCCCACAGCUCCCACUAGAGCCUACCGCACAGGCUCAGAGACCAUAUGCUGGGAGGGGGGGACUACAUUGUGUCUAUUGUAUGUUAUUUUCUUUUUUUUUCCUCUGGCAUUUUGUACAUUUGACGGGUGGUUUAAAUUGGGAGCGAAAAACAUGGCAGAUGAGCAGGAAAUUAUGUGCAAACUCGAGAGCAUCAAGGAGAUCAGGAAUAAAACUUUGCAGAUGGAAAAAAUAAAGGCACGGCUAAAAGCAGAAUUUGAAGCCCUGGAGUCUGAGGAGAGGCACCUGAAAGAAUACAAACAGGAGAUGGACCUGCUGCUGCAAGAGAAGAUGGCCCAUGUGGAGGAGCUGCGACUGAUCCAUGCUGAUAUUAAUGUGAUGGAGAACACCAUCAAGCAGUCUGAGAACGAUCUCAACAAGCUCUUGGAAUCUACUCGUCGCCUGCAUGAGGAGUACAAACCCCUGAAGGAGCACGUAGAUGCUUUGCGGAUGACUCUGGGAUUGCAGAGGCUGCCAGAUCUAUGUGAGGAGGAAGAGAAACUGUCCCUUGACUACUUUGAAAAGCAGAAAGCAGAAUGGCAGACAGAACCACAGGAGCCUCCGAUCCCGGAGUCUCUGGCUGCAGCUGCAGCGGCUGCUCAACAGCUGCAAGUGGCUCGGAAACAAGAUACCAGACAGACAGCAACUUUCAGACAACAGCCACCUCCAAUGAAGGCAUGUUUAUCGUGUCACCAACAAAUUCAUCGGAAUGCACCCAUAUGUCCGCUCUGCAAAGCAAAGAGCCGAUCUCGGAAUCCCAAAAAGCCCAAGAGGAAACAGGACGAAUGAAACCCAGAAGGCUGACAAGAAAACAUGUGCCCUGUUCCAGUACCCUUCCAGUAGAACUGCAAAUGUGGCCAGACUUUACUGAAGUGCAAACUCAAGUAUGACCAACCCAUUGUUUUCUAUUUAAUGCAAUGUAAGCACAAUGUUCCUGUUCUGUCUUAAUUUCCUUCCAGUCCUUAGGAUUUGGUUUUAGGAAAGUAAGUAUUACUGGUGCUACAGUUUAACAUUUCAGUCAUUCCAUCUUUUGGACUUCUAAACACAGUAGAAUUCUUAUGCAGAUAUCCUAAAUGCCAGGCUAUUCCUAUUGGCCAAAUGUGAUUACCACAAAUGCUUUUAUGUUCUCUUUUUAAAAACAGAUGUUACUAAAAAAUCUGUUUUCUUCUGGUAACAGGAGACUAUUUGAAGUGCUGAAAUAGCAAGCUGUCUGUUUACUUCACUACAGAACAAUUUGUUUUCCAAGCUGGUAAGACUGUAUAGGUUUGGAUAACCAGUAGAGCUCUUUUUAUACAGGGAAAAAGAGAAAUAGGUUAUACAGGAAAUCAGUGCAUUAAGGACACACGUGAGUUUUGAUUUAAUGGAGUUUGAUUGUACCAUUCCAUCAAACUUGACAAAAUUUGGAAGAGGGAUCAAGUUGCUAGCUGUGUAUGAAUUUCUAAAAAUUGUGUAAUUUGUGAGGCUUUAACAUCUUAGUAUGGUAUUAUUUUCAGCAGUCAGAAGACUGAUUGACUUAAGUACAAGGCUCAAAUGAACUGUAUUAAUGGUCCUCCUAGGCUCCGUGGCCAACCAGAUCACUGUGGUUCUCUAGGAAACAUGCAUGAAAUAUCCCAAAUCUCUAUGCACACAGGCUGCAAUAUGAGCCCCUGUGCACAUCUUCUAUUCCUGGUUUCUCCAGCCAAAAUCUCCUUUGGUAGACAUAUCCUCCACUGGAGCACAGGAAAAUUCAGUUACAUGCACCAGGAACGGUGUCAACUAAAAAUGAUAAUUUCACCAGAACUGCCUGGCUUUGGUGUCAUUGUCGUCCCUCAACCAAAACGUGCUAUUUUUGUAUCUUUUAAUAGGUAAUUUUCAAGUAAGCUUUAUUUCAGUCCAGUUUUUUUUUUUUUUUGCUCCGUAUGUGUGCCAAAAGAACCCUGACUAAAGGAUCCUUUAGACUGCUCCCUGUAUCAGUCUUCUCUUUGUUUCACCUCAUCUAACAACAGCUCCUCCAAUGGGGACAAUGGCACUGACCCAAAUACAGAAGCAAGGCUUAGAACUUACUCAUUUCUAAUCCCAGUUUUGUCACUGCCUUUGUUGUCUAAAUUGAUCUCAAGUAUUAAAUAUUCUUUUCACUAACUUCAGGAGGAAUGGACUGCCUGUUUACAUUCUUCCUCUUUAGCCCAGGUAUUCCUCUACUAUUAUGCUAGAGUGGUUAUAUUGAGAACUUUGCUUGUUAAAUAGGAAGAACAGAGAAGUCCCAAAUCUCUCAUCAGAACGUUGACAAAUGCUGGGGACUGUACAAAUCCACAUAAACAAAUUUUGCUGGCCAAAUCACAUACAUCAUCAUUAAUUUCCCAACUCUACCACAAAGUACAUGAGUAUUUUAUUGAAUAUAGACCUAUAAUUUACACCAAGUUCAGUUGGUAUUCUCCCAUUUUAAUGUUUCAUAGCCAAAUCUGUCAACAGCAGAGAGAAUGAUGACCAUGUGCUCCUGAAAAUAUGUGAAGAGCAGAUUCUGUUGGCUGAACUACUGGGAUUCAGUCCCUGUGAGAUAGCAAUAGUGGAGGAUAGCCUGACCCCAUGCUCCAAAUAGCAGUACUGCACUAACUCGAUCAUUAUGCGUGUUUUCUAACACAAAUACUGGAUUCUACUUUUAACUGGCAGAGUGGCCACAUGCUGUAUCUCCUGUUCAGAGCAAUUCCUACAGAGUUUAAGGGAAAAUGCACACAGAGUUAAAGGACCGUACAUGGACUUGCCAAAAGUGCAUACAUGAGAGCAGCAUACUUUGAUGACACCUGUACGUAAAUUUAAGUAGUAGUGACAAUGGAGAAUGGGCAAAUGGUCUGCGAUGAAGUAGUGUGAAUAGAAGGAUAGAUUUGUAGAAACUUAGACUUACAGUUCUGAAAUAGGGUUAGUCAUAGCUGCUCUCACAUUGCUGUUACUUUGCCAGGUUCCUUCUUUCUUGGGAGAUCUCUAGAGCUCUAAAUUGAAGUAUGCUUAAGGAUGCACCAUUUACUAAUUUAGUAUGGCGGUUUUGUAUUUUUACUUCUUUAAACUAGUCUCUUGUGCCCUCGUGUUUAACAAGGCUUGUUUUUUUAAAAAAAGAAAAACUGUGAAUAUGACAUAUUGUGCUUGUAUCAAUCACGCACUGGCGUUUGCAAACCUGUUUUCACAUCCUUUAUGAAGUUCUGCCAUAUGAAUCGCGUGCGUUGCUGAGAAUGAGUCUAACUGAAUACGAGUCAGCAGUGUGCCCUGGCAGCCAAAAGUGUCAACUGUGUCCUGGGGUGCAUCGAGCACAGCACAGCUAGCUGGUCAAAGAAGGGAUUGUCCCACUCCACACUGCACUGGUGCAGCUCCACCUCGAGUACUGUGUGCAGUUUUUGGCACCUCAGUACAAGGAGGACAUCAAACUAUUAAGAGUGUGUCCAGAGGAGGGCAACCAAGAUGGUGAAAGGUCUCAGCAAGACUUACAAGGAACAGCUGAGGUCACUUGGUUUGUUCAGCUUGGAGAAGAGAAAGGUGAAGGGGAACCUCAUCACAGUCUACAACUUCCUCAAGGGGAACAGUGGUGGGGGAGCUGCUGAUCUCUCUCUGGUGACCAGUGAUAGGACACCAGGAAACUGAAUGAAGCUGCAUCAGGGGAAAUUCAUUAUGGACAUUAUGGAAAGAUUCUUCACUGAGAGGGUGGUCGGUCACUGGAACAGGUUCCCCAGGGAAGCAGUCAUGGCAUCAAGCCUGUCAGAGUUCAAGGAGAGUCUGCAUGAUACUCUUAGUCGUGUGGUUUAGUGUUAGGUAGUCCUGCAAGGAGCAGGGAGUUGGACUUGACGAUCUUUAUGGGUCCCUUCCAACUCGAGAUAUUCUAGGAUUCCAAUUAUUUGAAGAAGACAAAAUCUGUAUUAUGUAUUAAGGGAUCCUGGGGGUUGGAUGAGGGAGCAAAGCAGUAUCUUUCAUAGGGAACCAGUAUUGUCCUUUUCUCUCACAGAUUAAUUAAGGAAGUUUAACUGAAGAGCUCUUCUCGUGACAGCCCCGUGCUCUUUUCUCCCAGGCACCUUUCUCAAGAGACCAGAGGGAUAAUUAUGCAAUACUGAUUUCUUGGUUUUUAGUCAGAGGAGGAAGCUGUCUGAAGUAUAGUUCUUACCAGAAGUCUACUGCAUUUUUGAUCUAUGGAACAGCAAUGGCUUCUUCCUUUGUACCUAAGGUCCUCUGAGGAUGCUUCUUCACUUGGCUCAAAUUAAUUUUUACUUGGGUUAAAUUCUCUUAAUAUCCACAAAGAGACCCUUCUCAGAACUUACAAGACUUUGAUGUUACUAAAGUCUGGUUUGACCCUGGCUUUGUCAUGCCCUUUUCAAUGGGUAUUUAAGCAACAACAAAAUCACUGAAUUCUUUUGUUAUAGAUGGUUUUCAGGGUCUUUUCCUGGUUCCUCACUUGCCUCAAAAGGAUAGUUCUGUUGCUCAGCAACCAAACAGCAAAAAAAAAAAAAAAAAAAAUCACAAGACUCUACCCUGCCCCCUACUUUAAGCUCAUGCUAAAAGCAUAUGAACACUCUACUGUGUCUAAAGGCUUCGCUAUAGAAAUUUUUGUACCCAAGCUGGGAUAGAUCAGUUUUUCAAACUUUAGUGCCAAGGACUCCCUUAACUAUAGAGAAAAUGUAAGACAAAUUUUAAUACUUGCACUUCCUGAAUUCAACUUUAGCUUUCUAAACAGGACACUGACUGAGCCUGCCCACAGCUUCAAGUUCCAGAAUCUAAUUUUGAAAGAAUAGCCAUUGAUGCGUUACUCUAAAUAACAGAAUAUUUAAACAGUGCUUUACUAGCACUUUAAAUAAAGUGCUUUCCUUUACAGUUUUCUAAUUCUUCCAACAUAAGUUUUCAUUUUAGCAUUUAGUUAUUUUAGCAAUAUCUGGCAUUUUCACUGGCUUCUGUGUUUUAAAUAUUUUACUCCAGUGCCCAGUAGGAGUAACAGUGUGCUGCUACCUGUUUAAUUUGUCCGUAGAGUCCUUUUUAAUAAAUGUUUGUUUCAUGUCA